AUGUCGACCUGCAGCAGUUUGAUCAUGGCUCAGAAGACAGUGAAGCAGCUGCGCCUGGAGGCCAGCGUCCGCCGGAUCAAGGUUUCUCAGGCUGCAGCUGAACUGAAGACGUUUUGUUUGCAGAAUGCUCACAAAGAUCCACUCCUGACGGGGGUUCCCUCCAGCGAUAACCCAUUCCGGCCUCCCAAGUCAUGCGUUCUUCUCUGAGGGAAUAUGGAAGAUGGAUCCAUCGUCUCUGAGCAGAAAUUAUUCACAGAACACCCAUUACAAGAAGGAGCAGAUGA